GGCCUGUGGGGAGGAGGCAUAGCUGCCCAGUUUCGGAAAAAGUACCCAUAUGCCAACAAGCUUUAUGAGGACCACUGCAAAAUACACCUGAACCUCCUUGGAACAUGCAUGUUACUCCCCGCUUCCAAGCCCCAAGAUUUAGAAGAGGCAAAUAUUGUAAUUUUGCGUCUCUUCACUAGUGACUUCUAA